AUGUACUAUCUUUUUGCUAGGGUUUCUGCACUGCUCUGGCUACUAUUGGACUGGCUUGGACUAUACAACCCUCCCAAAAUUCCUGGGAUUCUCUCCAUUCCCGGGUACCCAAUAGUAGGCAAUCUCCUACAGGUGCUCUCCAAUCCAGCAGAAGUAUACAUGAAAUGGAGCGACAAGCACGAGGCAUCUCUCUUCCAGGUCCAGCUUGGGGCUCAACGUAUGGUGGUGGUCAACAAGUACCAGGAUGUCUAUAAUCUAUGGGUGAAGCACUCUUUUGCAACCGCUUCUCGUCCUGUGCUGUAUACGUUCCACGACAUCGUGUCGGCCACCCAAGGCUUCACAGUGGGCUCCACCCCAUUCUGUCCUUCGUAUGUCUUGAAAAAGAAGACUCUUGCUUCAAAUCUCAACAAAAAGGCUGUCUCUGAAUUAUCGGGCGUAUUUGACAAAGAAGUGAACUACACCAUCAGGAACUUAAUUCUAGACAAUAGAGAACUCCUGGGGCCUCCUUCGUGCAAUAUCUACCGAAACUUCAGGAAUGAAUCGUGCGAUAUCGACCUUUAUCGGUAUUUCCAGCUUUUUGCGUUGAGAAGUUCAGUCUAUAUCACCUACGGUUUGCACCUCGACUGCUACAGGAGAGAUGGUCCAUUCUGUCAGGAUAUUAUCGACAUCGAGGCACAAAUAAUGAGGUAUCGUUCCACCACGUCCAACUUGGCGGACUACAUAAUUCCAUUGAGGUAUUUGCCGGGGGUCUCAAAGUAUCCCGAAUAUAUUAGAGGCAGAAGGGAUUUCUAUAUGGAGGAUCUAAUGGAUUCAAUGAAGCGGAGAUACGCUAGAGAGGAACAUCCGAUCAAAACUAAUUUGGUGGCAAAAAUAGCUAGCAAAAACUGCCUAUUGACCGAUCUGGAGCUCAAGUCCAUCUGUUUGACCAUGGUAAGUGCAGGUUUGGAUAAUACGCCAUUGACCAUGAAUUAUUUGAUGGGGCAGUUGUCCCAUCCUCAUGGGGAAAAGCAGCAAGAACGCGCCUUCAACGAACUCAUGAGAAUCUCGGGAAACAGGUUGAUCUCGGCAUGGGAAGCAGCCGCAACUGAACAAAACUGUGAUUACAUCACAGCUUUAGUUUAUGAGGCGUUGAGGAGUUUUUCUGUAUUGCCAUUGGGUCUACCCAGAGUGACCACAAAGGAUAUCACUUACAAAGAUGUAACGAUUCCUGCUGGAACCACUUUGGUAAUGAAUGCCUAUGCAGCUAAUCAUGACGAGAAUGUUUUCGAAAACCCCUAUCAAUUUAAUCCCAACAGGUGGCUCGACACUAAUGGAAAUUUAUUGCACAAUCUGAACAAGUUUCAUCUCACAUUCGGGUUGGGCACCAGGAUGUGCUCUGGUAAUCAUUUGGCAAUGGCAGAAAUGUAUACGCUCACGUGCCGCAUGAUUUUGAUGUUCAAAAUUAAGGCCCCCACAGGUCCACUGUUGAUGGUGUUGGAUCCUUUUCGAAACAAUCGGAAUUCUGGUGGAACAUCAUUUGAGCCAAAGCCAUUUAAGGUGAGACUAGAACCAAGGGUGUGGUCGGGAAGCGACACUCUAUAUUAUAGGUUAAUGCGACAAUAG